UCAGCGAAAGCACGGCCCGGGCCGCGCGGCUUUCGUUACGUAAAACGGGUUGAAUGCACGGAGUGUAACCGGACUAACAGUUUGUGUGUUCGAAAUUCAAAAGUGAUUGUGACAUGUGAAGUGACAGUGUCUCUGACUGAUCAGUGAAAAAUGUGUUGUGUGAAACUGUGAGCAGUGUUAGUGCAGUGAACUAAAAAUGGAGAGGAAACCGGCCAAAUCGCCGACUGACGGGCAGGAGGGGCAAGUGCGACCUAUGACUGACCAGUCACCGGACCUAUCGCCCGAUCCGUCCCUCGACGGGUUAAGAAUCCGGUGCGAUAGUGCCGCCACCAUGCGGGAGAUCGCGUCAAACCCAGCGACGCACGGCAGCGCCACUCGACAAGUGGUUAGCGGGAAGGUUUUCAAGAAGUGCAAAAGCGCUACGUUUCAGAUAGAUGGCGCCACUUACACCAUUGUGGCGAGCCCGCCGGGCGGCGCGGGCGCACAGCGGGAGGAGCCGCCCCGCCCGCCGCCCCCCGCUCCCCGCAACGGCACGCCGAAACAAGGCGCCCUGACCAUAGUCCGCCGGUCGUCCAGUCGAAGCAAGACCGAGAGCUGCUCGACCCCCACAGAUGAGCAGCUUGACCAGCUCGACCUUGACACAGAGCACUUGCCCGCCGUCGACACGCCCGACGCCUGCGAUAAGGCCGCCCUUAGAUUACGCUAUCUCCUAAGACAAUUAAACAGAGGUGAAAUAUCAGCAGAGACGUUACAAAAGAACCUUCAGUACGCAGCGAAAGUUCUUGAAGCCGUGUACAUAGAUGAGACCAAACCGGCAGUGGCGCGCCAGCAGUCGGCCCCAACCCUGGUGUUUAGGAGACUGGCGGACGAAGAUGAUGAGCUAUCGGAAGUCCAGCCUGAUGCAGUUCCUCCGGAAGUGCGGGAAUGGCUCGCGUCUACCUUCACGAGGCAGCUGGCGACGGCGAAGCGGAAGUCCGAUGAGAAGCCGAAGUUCCGGUCGGUGGCGCACGCGAUCCGGGCGGGGAUCUUCGUCGACAGGAUCUACAGGAGGGUUACCAGUACCGCCCUUAUGCAGUUCCCACAGGAUGUCGUUAGAGUUCUUAAGACCCUGGACGAGUGGUCGUUCGACGUGUUUGCCUUACAUGAAGCCUCCUGCGGGGCGCCCGUCAAGUAUCUGGGGUACGAACUCCUCAAUAGAUACGGAAUGAUUCACAAGUUUAAGGUGCCUCCCACGAUCCUGGAAAACUUCCUCAGUCGGAUAGAAGACGGCUACUGCAAGUUCCACAACCCGUACCACAACAAUUUGCACGCGGCGGAUGUCGCGCAGACAGUACAUUACAUGCUGUGCCAAACUGGGCUCAUGAACUGGCUAUCGGACUUAGAGAUCUUCGCGACCCUCGUAGCGGCUGUCGUCCACGAUUUCGAGCAUACGGGCACCACCAACAACUUCCACGUCAUGUCCGGAUCGGACACCGCGUUGUUGUACAACGAUCGAGCUGUGCUGGAGAACCAUCAUAUAAGUGCUGCCUUCAGGCUAAUGCGCGACGAAGACUGCAACAUCCUGCAGAACCUAUCCCGGGACGAGUUCCGCGAGUUCCGCACCCUCGUCAUCGACAUGGUGCUGGCCACCGACAUGUCGUUCCACUUCCAGCAGCUGAAGAACAUGAGGUCGCUGCUGACGCUUGCCGAGCCGACGGUCGACAAGUCCAAGGCUGCCUCGCUGGUGUUACAUUGCUGUGAUAUAUCUCACCCUGCGAAGAGAUGGGACCUCCACCACCGAUGGACGAUGAGCCUCCUCGACGAGUUCUUCUUGCAAGGGGACAAGGAGCGAGACCUUGGCCUGCCUUUCAGUCCCCUUUGCGAUAGAAACAACACUCUAGUCGCGGAAUCCCAGAUCGGAUUCAUUGAGUUCAUCGUAGAACCGAGCAUGGGGGUGUGUGCUGAUAUGCUCGAGUGUGUCUUAGGACCUUUACACUCGAAUACCAAGAAUUCUACUAGCACAAGCCAUGAGCCUAUCAAUGAGGAGAAUACAGGUAAAGGGAGCGAACCAAGCCCCAAAUUCAAGAUUCGGAAGCCGUGGAUAGCCUGCUUGAGUGACAAUAAAAAAAUAUGGAAGGAACAGGCUACAAAAGACGCAGAGGCCCGAGCCAAACAGGAGGAGGAGAGCAACAACCCGCCCCCUCCGACAGAAGAAUAAUAUUUAGCCUCACUUGUAAAUAGCGUUAGAACUAGUUGUUACAGCGUAUUUAACACUGUUAAAGAAAAGCUUAACGUUUAAGUGUGCGGAGCUUGUAUUCGUUGCAAUGUGUGUCGCACAAAUAAGUUCGAAGCACAACGCGAUGUCGCGGUAUGAGUGUGUGUGCAGUAAGCUUAUUACGUGCGACAGAGUCACAGAAUCGAACAUUUUUGGAAAAGAAAUACUAAAAUCCAAAAUACGUCGGGAUUGAAGAAAUAUCUACCAAAAUGUCUGCUCGACAAAAUUGAGUUUAUGUCUAGAACAAAGCAGUUUGAUAUUAUUAUUAUGACUAUUAAGGAAAAAACCUUGCAGAUUUUUCGCACUGAAAAACUGACAGACGUGACCUCUUUGUUACAUAAUAAGGCUACUGUAGAUACUUAUACCUACCGUGGCAGAGCACCAAUGUAUAAUUCUCUAUGUGGAAGACAACAUAGUGAGCCAAUUUCUUACGGCGACCAGCCGCUGAGCGGGCGUACGCCGGUAGUUUAAGAUUUACUAUAAUUCGCUAUUUAAGAUUAUUUGGGGAGCCCCAUGUAUAUCCGAACAUCAUGCCAAGGAUUCAUUAAAUAAGUACCUAAUUAGCUAAGUUUUCAGUAGAAAAUAAAACAUAAAACGCCCACUGAAUGCUUCUGACGCAACUUAGCGUUUGCGUUACUCAUUAUAAUGAAACUAUUUAUAUAAAAUUGUACUGAACUUAUUUUCAAAAUUAGACCUAAGAGCUAAAUACUACUUAUAAGUAUUUCUAUAUCAAAAAUGCUGGUGAUGGAGCAAAUUAUAUCAUAAAGUCAUGUGCACUUUUCUUCAAUGAAUAAAACACCUUAUACCUAUAGUAAAAUUUAAUGUAACAUUAAUAUAAACUUAGCUUAAUUUAGUGUUAAAUUUAACCCAUAUGAAGAAUACGCUUAUUAAUUUAAAUGUUUCCGAUUAAAUUGGAGAUCUUGAUAUUCCUGACCAAAUGUUAUUUAAUAUGAAAUUAUUUUCUAAAUGAUUGCAAUUUCAAAUUCUAGGUAUAGGUCGAUAGAACAUACCUAUAGCUAGUUAGUAAAAUCUUAAUAAAAUCAAAUUUACUAAUGAAAUAUCCUUCGGUUACGAAUAACUUGCUUUUUCAUUUAAUUGCGCUCAAAUCUGUGUAAAGCGUACGGGCUCAUAAGGCCGAUGGAAACAUAGAACCUAUUGUAAAAAAUAUGAGAAUGGAAAGAGCCUAGGUAAAUAGCUCUUAUUUCAUAUUUGCUAGCAAAAUAAUAAAAUAUGUAGAUAAAUAAACAAAAUCAGAGUGAAACACUCAAGUUAACUGGAGGAGAAUGCCAAAAGGCAACAUCGCCUUAACAAAGGCAUUUUAGUAAGCCUAGAUUUCAGACCUUAGAUGCUAUGUUUACUAAAAUAUAAAAUGUUAUUUAUGUUGUUAGGUAAGCCCUAUUUACGUAAUAAGUACCUAUUUGUUCUUAAAAAUUAAAAUAAAGAAACUAAAUAGUGUUCUCUAAUGCUCGCAAAAAUGAAAUAAUCGCGCCAGGCGAAGUGUAUAGGUGAGGAGGACCCAACGUAAAUUAACCGUCCUUCUUAGAGACUAUUGGCGAAGGAAUAAACAUUGUACAUUUUAAAACAUAGGAAACCAAUCUUUCCAAAAGCAGUCACAUGCUUCACUACUAUGUUUCUUAAAACAACUUGAGGACAUUUACAUACUUAUAUCAGAGGCCUAGUUUUCCUGGUAGGAACAUGGGACCACUCUAAUUAAUAUCAAAUCAAGAAACCCAUAAUCACGGUAAUAUUAGGUCCCUAUCUUAUUAUUUCAGGGGUGUAAGGACUCUAAGGAUAGAUGUAAUCCAACAUGGUGACGCUUAUUGUAGAAAAAUUAACAAUAGAUCUUUUUAUAUAAAUAUAUAUUUAUCAUCUACUUGAUUACUUGAUAGAUUAUGAGGAAUUCUGUAUAUUGUGCAUUUAGUGAUUUAUUGAAAUAUAAAUAUUAAGAUCAAUAUAAUCUAGUGUAGUUUAUUGAUGCCAUUCUAAUUGGGGGAUAUAGCUUUAUAAAAAUGUAGUUUUAGCAUACUGAGCCUUAUGGACAUUGUUGUUAUUGUUUCAGUAAAUAAUAGCUUGCAGUGCUACACAUAGGGUAUAGUUUCCCAAGAUCUAAAUUAUUGUCUGCAUGUUUUUCUUAACACACGUUUGCUUAAAAUAAAAUAUGCCUACAUUCCGAAGCCUUUAAAGACUCCUAUAACAAGUAUAAAGUACCUUUUAAGAAAUUAUUUACCACUUUCAGUAAUUACAACUGUGUGGUAAAGGUAUUAUCGCACCUCACCUAAUUUUAAUGCAUUUAAUAAACAAUAUUAACAAAUGUACACUCAAAAAUACAAAGCAUUUUCUCACUAUUUUUAUGUAUAAACUUAAAAUCUCAAGUCAUG